GUGUGUGUGUGUGUGUGUGUGUGUAUGUGGAUGUGUGCGUGCAUGUACGUGUGUGUGUGUUUGUCCGUGUCUGUCUGUCUCUCUGUCUGUGUGUAUGCAUAUGUGCAUAUCUGUGUGUGUGUGUGUGCAUAUCUGUGUGUGCCACCAACAGGGUUGAGCGAGUAGCAGCCACAGCAGAGACAGAGCAUCAUGGGUGGUGUGGCACUGGAUGACGGUGGCAGUGGCAAGGUGAAGGCCCCGGACGGGGGCUGGGGCUGGGUGGUGCUGUUCGGCUGCUUCGUCAUCACCGGCUUCUCCUACGCCUUCCCCAAGGCCGUCAGCGUCUUCUUCAAGGAGCUCAUGAAGGAGUUCCACGUGGGCUAUGGACACACAGCCUGGAUCUCCUCCAUACUGCUGGCCAUGCUCUACGGCACAGGUCCUCUGUGCAGUGUGAUGGUGAAUCGUUUUGGCUGCCGGCCGGUCAUGAUGGUGGGGGGGCUGUUCGCCUCUUCGGGGAUGAUCUUGGCCUCCUUCGCCACCAGCAUCACACACAUCUACCUGAGCGUCGGGGUUGUCACAGGUUUGGGGCUGGCCCUGAACUUCCAGCCGUCCCUGAUCAUGCUGAACCGCUACUUCAACGAGAAGCGUCCGCUGGCCAACGGGCUGGCGGCGGCGGGGAGCCCCGUGGCGCUGUGCGGCCUGUCGCCCCUGGGCCAGUUCCUGCAGUACGAGUACGGCUGGAGGGGCGGCUUCCUCAUCCUGGGCGGCCUGCUGCUCAACUGCUGCGCCUGCGGGGCCAUCAUGAGGCCCCUGACCGCCCCCAAGAAGCCGCCGGCCAUCGAGGAGGGCGACGGAGGGGCGGCGUCGGAGGAGGACGAGAAGGAGAAGAAACCCAAAGCCAAGCCCAAGCUGCUGGACUUCUCGGUGUUCAAGGACCGCGGCUUCGUCAUCUACGCGGUGGCGGCCUCCAUCAUGGUGCUGGGGCUGUUCGUGCCGCCGGUGUUCGUGGUGAGCUACGCCAAGGACAUGAAGUACGAGGACGGCAAGGCCGCGCUGCUGCUCACCAUCCUGGGCAUGAUCGACAUCUUCGCCCGGCCCACGUGCGGCCUGAUCGCGGGCCUCAAGUGGGUGCGGCCGCGCUGCGUAUACCUCUUCGCCUUCGCCAUGAUCUUCAACGGCUGCACGGACCUGAUCGGCUCCAUGUCCAAGGACUACAACACGCUGGUGGUCUUCUGCAUCUUCUUCGGCAUCUCCUACGGCAUGGUGGGCGCGCUGCAGUUCGAGGUGCUCAUGACCAUCGUGGGCACCGAGAAGUUCUCCAGCGCCAUCGGCCUCGUGCUGCUCAUGGAGGCCAUGGCUGUGCUGGUGGGACCGCCCUCCGCAGGGUGGAUUCUGGACGCCACCAAAGACUACAAGUACGUGUUCCUGGUGGCGGGCAGCGAGGUGGUGCUGUCGGCCCUGGUGCUGGCCAUCUGCAACUUCAUCUUCAUCAAGAAGGCCUCAGCACCGCCUGACGCCAAGCUGGAGAACGGAGAGGCCGCCACGGAGAUGCAGCAGCUCAGUAAACUGAAGGAGGAGGAGGAGGGAGAGGAGGUGGAGGAGAAGAGAGAAGAGAUGGAGGAGGAGGAGAAGGGGGCGGCCAAAUCCAACGGGGGUCCGAUGGCGUCGGCGGAACAUCGACCUGAUAGUGUCAUGGUGGACUCAGGGGAGGUGGAGCGCUUCCUGAAAGAAGAUGGAGGACAGGAGGCGGACGGGGGUGAACCCAACCCCGAGACCAAUCUGUGAGAGGCAGGGACUCUAUACAGAGUGCUGGGAAAAAAUAAUGAAAUACAAAAAAGAUAUAACAUGAAGGGAGAUAUAUAAUAUGAAGGGAGAGUUUGUUUGUGAGAAUAAUAACUUAAAAAAGAAGUCUCCAAUGUGGAGAGGAACCAAACCAUUUCAAAGGUGAAUAAUGAUGACACACCUGAUGUUGAAUCUUAGCUAUCGUGUAGUUGUGCUCCCAUUUCUCUGGCUUUUUGUGCCACAUCGUACGCUCUUGAAAUUUCACUUCUUAUUUAAUAUACACACAUUCUGUCAUGGAAUAUAUAAUAAAAUAUAUGUUUUUUUAAAUUACACAGAUUAUAAUAUAUAUACAGUACAAAAGAAUGUAGACCUCCUUGUAAGGUCUAUUCCUUACAGUCCCUGGGACCAGCAAUACGGUGGGAUCGCCACUAUGGAUGUUGAGUCAAAGAUGUUUGUCAACUGAGUCAGUGCUGAGCACUGUGUUUGUCUUAGACAUGUUAUCAUGCAGAAUCUACACCGGGUAGACGCCACUGAGGUGUGUGUGUGUGUGUGUGUGUGUGUGUGUGUGUGUGUGUGUGUGUGUGUGUGUGUGUGUGUG